UAGUUUCAGUAUCAGUCCCCGGAGCUGAUUUCAUUUCGACUCUCCCAACACAACUCAGAGAGAAGAACACUCUCCACAACAAUGGCGGCCUCAGUACACGCGACCGCGGCUACGCUCAUGCAGCCCUCCAAGUUGGCCGUCUCACCAAGGAGCACCACCUCGCAACUCAGAUCUUCUCAAAGCGUUUCUAAAGCUUUUGGUGUUGAAUCUGCCGGAGCUAGAAUCACCUGUUCUCUUCACUCCGAUCUCAAAGACGUUUCUCGGAAGUUCGCUGAUGCCGCUAAGAUCGCCGGCUUCGCUCUUGCCACUUCCGCUCUUGUCGUUUCGGGAGCAGGUGCUGAAGGAGUACCAAAGAGACUCACCUUUGAUGAAAUUCAGAGCAAGACAUACCUUGAAGUUAAGGGAACUGGAACAGCUAACCAAUGCCCCACCAUUGAUGGAGGAGUUGAUUCAUUUGCCUUCAAGCCAGGCAAAUAUGAAGCCAAGAAGUUCUGUCUUGAGCCAACUUCUUUCACUGUCAAGGCUGAGGGAGUGAACAAGAACUCCCCACCAGAAUUCCAAAACACCAAGCUCAUGACUCGUCUAACUUACACAUUGGACGAGAUUGAAGGACCCUUUGAAGUGGGUGCUGAUGGUUCAAUCAAGUUUGAGGAGAAAGAUGGAAUUGACUAUGCUGCUGUCACUGUCCAGUUGCCUGGAGGCGAGCGCGUCCCGUUCCUCUUCACCAUCAAACAAUUGGUGGCUUCUGGUAAACCAGAGAGCUUUGGAGGGGAUUUCUUGGUGCCAUCAUACCGUGGCUCAUCUUUCUUGGACCCAAAGGGAAGAGGAGGUUCAACUGGAUAUGAUAAUGCUGUUGCAUUGCCUGCUGGAGGGAGAGGUGAUGAAGAAGAACUUGCUAAAGAAAACAACAAGAAUGCUUCAUCUUCAACGGGUAAAAUUACUUUGAGUGUCACUAAGAGCAAGCCUGAAACUGGUGAAGUUAUUGGUGUGUUUGAGAGUAUUCAGCCCUCCGAUACUGAUUUGGGAGCAAAAGCUCCAAAGGAUGUGAAGAUCCAGGGUGUUUGGUAUGCUCAGCUCGACUCUUAGGCCCCUUUUUUCUUUCUUCUUUUAUGAUUGUAAUAUUGUUCCUUGUAAGUUAAAAGAGAGAGUUGCUAAACUUUCUUAUGGAGAGAAACGCUAGCAGGGGUUCUAUUUUUAUCCAAGUUUGCAUAUAAAAUCUUGUGCCUUUCACUCUUCUUAAA